AUGACUUUGGAACAAAAGGUCAAUAUCACUACAGGUGUAGGUUGGCAAUCAGGUCCUUGUGUUGGUAAUAGUGGACGUACAACAGGGCCCGACUUUCCUGAAUUGUGCCUUCAAGAUUCUCCAUUAGGUAUGCGCUUUACGGAUGGCGUAAGUUCGGGUGUGGCGGGUAUCAAUGCAGCUGCUUCUUUCGAUCGUGAAGCAAUCCGUAAAAGAGGAGAGUAUAUGGGUCAAGAGUUCCGUGCAAAAGGUGCUCAUGUUCAAUUGGGCCCCUCCAUGAAUAUGCUUAGGGCUCCAGAAGGAGGAAGAAACUGGGAAGCAUUUGGUGAAGACCCUUUUCUUGUCGGUGUAGCAUCUGCAGAAACAAUCAUUGGUAUCCAAAGUCAGGGUGUGCACUCUGCAAAUAUCGAUGAAAGAACCGUUCAAGAGGUAUACUUAUGGCCGUUUAAACAAGCUGUAGACGCAGGCGUCGCAUCUGUAAUGUGUGCUUACAACAAAAUCAAUGGCGUUUAUGCUUGCGAGAGUGAUUAUGCUAUAAACAAACUUCUCAAAGAUCAAUUGGGCUUUAAAGGCUUUGUUCAAAGUGACUGGUCUGCAACGCACUCAACUGUUGAUAGUGCAAAUCAUGGUUUAGAUAUGACUAUGCCAGGUGACAUUUCAUUUAACUCUGGUGAUUCUUAUUUUGGUAGAAAUUUAACAAAUGCUGUUCGUUCGGGCCAAGUAAAUGAGGAUCGGGUUACAGACAUGGCAAUGAGAAUUGUUGCUGCUUGGUACAAGAGCUUUCCUGCUGUAAAUAUCGAUAGCUUUAGACCCAAUCUAGAUCAACAUAUUAAUGUCCAAGGUGACCACAAGGAUCUAAUUCGACAAAUGGGUGCUGCCUCAACAGUCUUGCUAAAAAAUGAGGACAAUAUCCUUCCUUUACGUACUAGCGGAAUUAAGAAGUUAGCAGUUAUUGGAUCCGAUGCAGGACCUAAUCCACAUGGUCUCAAUUGCGAAGAUCAUGGCUGUAACGCCGGUUCUUUAGCUCAAGGCUGGGGGUCUGGUACUGCCAGAUACCCUUAUUUAAUCACCCCUAUCGAUGGUAUCAGAAAUAGAGCAGGAAAUGCUAUGGAUAUAACCGAGCAUCUAAGGGAUAAUGAUUUUCACAUUGCUGCGGAAUUAGCAUCACAAGCUAAUGUUGCUAUUGUAUUCGUCAACUCUGAUUCUGGGGAGGAGUUUAUCACAGUUGAAGGACAUGUGGGUGAUCGUAAUAAUUUAGAACUUUGGCACGAUGGUGAUGCGUUGAUUAAAGCUGUUGCUGAUGCGAAUCAAAAUACUAUUGUGGUUGUUCAUUCUGUAGGGCCUGUCCUUAUGCCAUGGUCUAACCAUCCCAACAUAAAGGCUAUUGUUUUACCUGGUCUACCUGGUCAAGAAUCUGGAAACUCUUUGGCUGAUAUUCUUUUUGGUGAUGUCAAUCCUUCUGGAAGACUACCUUAUACAAUUGCAAGCAAGUAUGAAGACUACCCUGCAAAGAUUGAUCAUGGCUUGAGCUUUACUUACUCUGAGGGAAUUAACAUUGGAUACCGAUGGUUUGAUAAAAACAAUAUUAAGCCUUUGUACGAAUUCGGUUAUGGCUUAUCCUACACAAACUUUGAAUACAAAAAUUUUGCUUUAAACCAAAUCAAUCUUGAAUCUCAAGGUGAUGUCGAAGUACAAGCCUCCGUAACGAUUCAGAACACUGGUAUGUUUGAUGGUGCCGAGAUUCCUCAGGUGUACAUUACUUUUCCUGAAAUUGCACAGGAACCUCCCCAAUUGUUACGCGGAUUUGAAAAAGUCUACUUAUCUAAAGGCGUCGAGCAAACUGUGACAUUUACAUUCAAGAAGUCAGAGUUAAGUUAUUACAGUAUAGAUUCUCACCAGUGGGUUGUACCACAGGGGGAAUUCAGCGUGCACUUUGGUUCUAGCAGCAGGAACAUUAGAGGAACACAAAAGUUUACCUUGUUUUAA